AUGAUCAUUUCAAAGCCGCAGUGGAUCUCCCAUGCCGCAGAACGAGAAAAAGGUGUAAAGCCGGCCAUUUAUUCCAUUCACGUUCAUCCGGACGGCAAACGCAUCGCUACUGGAAGUUUAGACACCACGGUCCGGAUCUGGAACACAGACCCCAUUUUCGACGAAACUGCAGAGAGCAAUCCCGACUGCCAUAAGCUUCUUUGCACGUUAGCUAGGCACAGCGGCGCCGUUCUUUGUGUACGUUGGUCCAACAAUGAAGGUCGAUAUCUUGCUUCUAGUUCUGACAAUGACAAUGUCAUCAUUGUUUGGGAAUCCGAAGGGGAAUCCUUCGCAACCACAGUCUUUGGUAGUUCCGAAGUCAACUACGAAACGUGGCGACCCAAACAAUACCUUCGUGGACAUGAUUCAGAUGUACAAGAUCUUGCAUGGUCAAGGGAUAAUGUGUAUCUCGCAUCAGGCAGUGUGGAUGGCUCAGUCAUUGUCUGGAAUGGCACAACAUUUGAUCAAGUAAGACGCAUCGAACAACAACAAGGCUUUGUCAAGGGUAUUACUUGGGAUCCCGUUGGGAAAUUCAUUGCAGCUCAGUACGAUAACAAAAUGCUCAAGAUUUGGAGGACAUCCGAUUGGAAUCUCGAACAAGAAAUCAGAGCUCCCUUUAUUAAUGCUCCCAGCACAACAUUCUUCCGUCGACCAAGCUGGGCACCUACUGGGACUCAAAUUGUCACUGCAAACGCCACCAAUGGUGCACAUUGUGUUGCUGCUAUCAUCUCUCGAGAAGAAUGGGUCGCUGAUGUAUCUCUUGUUGGCCAUAAAUGUCCCAUUGAAGUCGCUUCCUUCAAUCCACACUUGUUCUAUCUCGGCGAAAAUGGCGAGAAUCCAGCUGAAAAGAGCAGUGAGCAUUUAUCAACUGUAUGUGCAUUGGGCGGUCAAGAUCGAAGCAUCUCUAUAUGGACAACCAAAUUUGAAAGACCACUCGCUGUGGCAACCGAUAUCUUUGAAGGAAAUGUAUAUGAUUUAUCGUGGACACCAGAUGGCCAAGCAUUAUUUGCAUGUGCACAUGAUGGCACCGUAGCUUGUAUACGUCUACCCGAAUUUUCAGAUCAAAUCGCUCCUGAGGAUCAAGUGUUACGACAACUAGCAGCGUUUGGAUACAACAGUGAAAGCAGCCAACUUCCCGAAAGCACGUUGCAAUUGGACAUUGAGGAUACAAACGCAAAGCAACCCAAGCCUACAACAGCAAGGCGGUUUGCUGAUUUGAUGGGAGAAACGACCGAAACUUUACCAGCACCCAAUGGCAAGCUAUCAGAUAACACAUCAUCAGCCUCCACCACCACCACAACAGCAGCAGCAGCAGCAGCCAAUUCUACCACUACCACUACCACACAAGGAGAGAAUUCAUCCACUACUACAACACAGCCCUCUCGCCCUGCUGAUGCUGAUUUUACAUCAUCAUCUUCAAAUCAACCCACAAUACUCCAGCAAACUGUAACAGUUGGCAAGGAUGGAAAACGACGUAUCAAACCAGUGACUAUUCGAUCAUCCUCAUCUGCAGCCUCACCUGGUCCUCGACCCGCAUCACCAAAGGUCCCAUCUACCCAGCAUACAGGGAUUGUGGAAGCAAGACCUGCAGCCAAUGUUGUUAGGUGGGUGGAUGGGAUUACCUAUGAUUUCCCUGAAUCCAAUAUACCAGCUUCUGGCAUCGGAUCCAUUGUGGCGGGUAACAAGCGUGAGGCUAUGGAAGUGGAUGAGGACACAGCUCCACGCAAAAGACCAGCAUGGAUCGACUCGGCAAUACUUCCACCAGCUGCAGCCAAAAGCCAAGUGAGAUUAGGCGUACCAAAGAUCCGAGCCAAUUUUGUAUGGGCACCACGUGGGAAUGACAAGCAAAGCAAGGCGAUUCUUAUGGAAUGUGACAAUCAUAAUACUGGUACAAACAACACAUCAGCAUCGACGACAUGGGAUUGUGCACGGCUAUCAGUUAGCUCGCAUGGCAAAAAGUUAUGGCAUGAUUAUCUUCCAAGUGCAAUUAUGCUUAUGGGUGGCUGUCAAGAAUUUUAUGCUGCAGCAUGCGAAGAUGGAAGUGUACAUUUAUACUCAUCCACGGGUCGCAGGUUACUUCCACCUAUGGUAUUGGAAAGCACUAUUGUGUUGUUGCGAUGUUCGGAUCCUUGGCUUGUGUGCCUCACUGCAACUGGAUUGCUCUAUACAUGGGAUGUAUCCAAGUUAUCAAGUCGACUCGAUGGCGUAUCUAUAGCACCCUUAUUACGAGUGGCGCAAAUACCAGGGUCAUUGGAUGAAGAUGAAGAUGAGGAGGAUGAGGAAGAAGACGAUGAAGAAGAGGAGGAUGGUGAGGAGGGCGACAAGGAUACACCCAAGAUCAAGGACGUACGGAUACAAAAGAAUGGCUUACCGCUGGUGAUCACCAAUUAUCAGCAAGCAUUUACAUAUCAUCCCGGCAUGAAAGUUUGGUUGCGUAUUAGCGAUGCGUGGUACAUUGUCUCUGAGUUCUGGAACUCGUCUUUGGGCCAUCCAAGCGAUUAUCCAUUGGGAUGGUUAUCUGCUGCAAUGACAUUGAAUGGUGGGCUGGAUCCUAUCGGCAAGGUCAUGCUCAACUUUGUGGAAGGCAACAAGGAAGCUGUAGGCACAAUUACUCUAAGUCAUAUCGAGAUUCAACUAGCAGUAGCUGCUUUAUUGAAUUCAAAAUCAGAAUACCGACAAUGGCUCAAGAUUUAUGCAAAGAAACUCUCGGCGGAAAAUGCUCAAGAAAAGGUCAAAGAACUUUGUCAUUGGCUUAUUGGCCCACCAUUAUUACCGUGCGUGGAUGGAAGACAUUGGGAACCAACAGUGAUGGACUCAUUGUCAAAGCAAGAUCUUUUAAGGGAUAUCCUUCCUUUACUUGGCACCAAUCGACAAUUACAAAGGCUCAUAAAUGAAUACAACACUUAUAUCAACGCUCCCGCUACCUUGUAA